CCGGCCAUAACUGAAUCGGUGCUGUGCCAGAGAUAUAAGAGCUCUUGCCCCUUCUUUUAUUCAUCUCAAACUCAGACCUCUCAAAAACGUGCUAUCAUAUCCUGACAAUCAUGGAUUUUGCAGCCCUCCCAGACGACUUUUUCGUAACUGUCUCCCAGUUCACUAGAACGACCUAUCGUGACGAGUACUCUGACGUAGAUCCUACUUCAAAAGCACUCUCACAAGAAGGGAAAGUAGUGGUGAUCACCGGAACAAGUCAAGGCAUCGGUCGUCAGGGCUUUGCUCCAGCUUUCGCCAAGGCCAAUUCAAAAGCGAUUGUCCUCGUCGCCAGAAAUAAAUCGGAAGUGGAAGCUGCUGGUGAAGAGAUCAAAAAUAUCAACCCAGAGGUCAAGGUGUUGACUGAAGCUCUCGAUGUUCGCAACCAAGAUUCGGUUCAAGCUUUAUUCGCAAAGAUUAAAUCGGAAUAUGGCACUGUCGAUGUGCUGGUGAACAAUGCCGGGUCUGGGAAAUCGGCUCUUCCAAUCAAAGAUGUAAAUCCAGAAGACUUCUGGUACGACUUCGUGAUAAAUGUCAAAGGGACGUUACUCAUGACACAAAGCUUUCUCAGGCUUGUUGGUAAUAAUAAGCCAGCAACGAUCAUCAAUGUCUCCAGCGCUGGCGGUAUCUCAAUCAUACCCCAUACGUCAAGCUACUCAUUAAGCAAGCUUGUACAAAUCCAGAUGCAAAGAUUCGUGGCGGUCGAGAACCCGAAUAUCACGGCAAUAAGCCUCCAUCCGGGGACAAUUCUUACUGGAAUAACCAAGCCACAAUUUGUCAAGUUCUCUAAGGACACUUUUGCCUUGGCAGGAGGAGUAGCAGUGUGGCUGUCUACAGAGCAGGCUAAAUUCAUGAAUGGUCGAUAUAUGGGUGUCAAUUGGUCAGUUGCUGAAUUGAUGGAGCGGAAGGACGAAAUAGUUUCGAAGGGACUUUUGGUAGAAGAACUCCAAGGAACUUUCGGGAAGGCCCAGUUCGAAGAUAGCCGGGUCUGA